AUGGCGGACACCCAGCUACCAAUCGUCGUCGACAACGGCACCGGUUUUGUUAAAGUCGGCUAUGCUGGCUCCAACUUUCCUGAACACGUAUUCCCCUCCAUCGUCGGUCGACCGAUUCUUCGUGCAGAAGAGCGGCUGGGUACUGCGGAAAUCAAGGACAUCAUGGUUGGCGACGAGGCCGAGCAGUUUCGAAACUAUCUGCAGCUAUCGCAGCCGAUGGAGCACGGGAUCGUCAAGAACUGGGAGGAUAUGAAACAUCUAUGGGAUUAUACGUUUAACGAAAAGCUAAAAGUCGAUCCUCGCGGUCGAAAGGUCCUUCUCACCGAGCCACCGAUGAAUCCGACAGCGAAUAGACAGCGAAUGUGUCAGGUCAUGUUUGAGGAAUAUGGCUUUGAUGGCGUUCACAUCGCCGUACAGGCGGUACUGACGCUGACUAUAUUGACCAUGAUGAAUAUAGGUCUGCGAACUGGAGUCGUCGUGGAUUCUGGAGAUGGUGUCACUCACAUCAUUCCGGUGUACGAAAGCUACGCUAUGCCGCAUUUGACAGGCCGUCUGGACAUCGCUGGUCGAGACGUCACGCGAUAUCUUAUCAAGCUCCUUCUUAUGCGAGGUUAUGCCUUCAACCGUACCGCCGACUUUGACACGGUUCGACAAAUCAAGGAAAAACUGUGCUAUGUGAGCUACGAUUUGGCGCUCGAUUCGAAACUCUCAGAAGAGACAACGGUACUCGUAGAGAGCUAUACGCUUCCCGACGGGCGAACAAUCAAGAUCGGCUCCGAGCGGUACGAAGCUCCUGAAUGCAUGUUCCAACCACGUCUUGUCGAUGUCGAGCAACCGGGAGUAGCUGAAAUGCUCUUCCAAUGCAUCCAGAAUGCGCCACUCGAUGUGCGACCGGAGCUCUAUCGUCAUAUUGUUCUCUCGGGUGGCUCGACCAUGUACCCAGGAUUGCCGAGCCGUCUAGAAAAGGAGAUGAAGCAGCUUUAUCUCGCAAAUGUCUUGAACGGGGAUCCAUCGCGUCUCAGCAAAUUCAAGAUUAAGAUCGACGACCCCCCGAGCCGCAAGCACAUGGUCUACCUAGGAGGUGCGGUCAUUGCAGAUAUCAUGAAGGAGCGAAAUGAGUUUUGGAUCACUCGAGAGGAGUGGUACGAGUUGGGUGCUGCGGCUGCAAUGGAGAAAUUGAAUAGGAAAGAAUAG